AUGGCGGCAUGUGAAGGCCCAACAGAUGCGCAUGACGAGACUGAUGCCAACGAGUCUGUGCCAAAUGACUACAUAGCCGUCGUUCCAUCAGACAGGGCUAGCUCAACGACGUCGGUAACGUCCUGCGCUUCCCUUCCAGUCGACCAAACAUCGACGUACGCCUCAACUAGCGAUAUACCCCUUUACUUG